AUGAGCAGCUGGAUCAGCGGCUGCUCUGUCCGGAGGCCAGUCUGUGCCUCAGUGUUGGAGGGGUUUGUUAGUGAGUGGGAGCCUCUUCCAGGCUGGAAGCUGAGCAGCGUUCGCGGAGGCCCGCGCCUUCAAGCCGGUAGCCGCCAGCUUCGGUUCCCGCGGCACUCAGGCUUCGUCCAUUUCUGGAUGACGGAGCAGCCGCCGAGCGAGGCGGCACACAGUGACCCCCCGCUAGAGGGACGGGACGCGGCCGAGGCCCGCAUGGCGCCCCCGCACCUGGUCCUGCUGAACGGCGUCGCCAAGGAGACGAGCCGCGCGGCCCCGGCGGAGCCCCCGGUCAUCGAGCUGGGCACGCGCGCCGGCGGCCCGGGGGGUGGCCCCGCCGGUGGGGGCGGCGCCGCGCGGGACUUAAAGGGCCGCGAGUCUGCGGCGGCCGAAGCGCGCCAUCGGGUGCCCACCACAGAGCUGUGCAGACCACCCGGGCCCGCGCCCGCCUCAGCCCCCGCGGAACUGCCCGGCGACGGCCGCAUGGUGCAGCUGAGCCCGCCCGCGCUGGCGGCCCCCGCCGCCCCCGGCCGCGCGCUGCUCUACAGCCUCAGCCAGCCGUUGGCCUCUCUCGGCAGUGGCUUCUUUGGGGAGCCAGAUGCCUUCCCUAUGUUCGCCACCAACAACCGAGUGAAGAGGAGACCCUCCCCUUAUGAGAUGGAGAUUACUGACGGUCCCCACACCAAAGUCGUGCGGCGCAUCUUCACCAACAGCCGGGAGCGAUGGCGGCAGCAGAAUGUGAACGGGGCCUUCGCUGAGCUCCGCAAGCUAAUCCCCACACAUCCACCAGACAAGAAGCUCAGCAAGAAUGAGAUCCUCCGCCUGGCCAUGAAGUACAUCAACUUCCUGGCCAAGCUGCUCAAUGACCAGGAGGAGGAAGGCACCCAGCGGGCCAAGCCUGGCAAGGACCCUGUAGUGGGGGCUGGUGGAGCGGGUGGGGGAGGAGCGGGCAGCGUGCCUCCCGAGGAUCUCCUGCAGGAUGUGCUCUCCCCGAACUCCAGCUGUGGCAGCUCCCUGGACGGGGCAGCCAGCCCGGACAGCUACACAGAAGAGCCAGCACCCAAGCACACAGCCCGCAGCCUCCAUCCUGCCAUGCUGCCCGCCGCGGAUGGAGCUGGCCCUCGGUGA